CCGUCAUACACUCGACCUGGGACCGACUCGUUUGACGGGACGGGACUGUUUUCAAGACUCCUACUUGUUCUCAUUCCUCCACCGGAAGCAGUGUGCAUGGGACUUCUGUGACCGACCGUCCUCGUUGGAUUUUGUGCAAAAGAAACUGUUUUUUUUGAUACUUUUUUUUUGGUCCGGUUAAUUGGCCGACAUGUUUGCUGGUGCCUAAGAUGAGACGCUGACUUGUUGGGACUGCGUACGUACUUUCUGAGGGCGUCAAAAUAAAUCUGGAAGAGACGAUGGACUUCAAGACGCUGAAGGCAAAGUUCCAGGCUGAAAACGUCCUCCUGAGGCAGAAGCCCUGGGAAAGCCACACCCUCUCGGAGAAACCCAAAGCGGUUCCUCCCCCUGGGAGCCACUACCUCCCGGCAGGAGCUCGCCCGUCCCUGCUCAGUUCCAUUAACCAGACCGCGAACGGGCAGGGCGCCUUGGCCCCCAGGGUGGUCUUCAAAAGUGAGAAGAAUCCUCUCGUUAAGACGAACGCGAAUCGGAGUGAAGGGAAGCUGAACGGCGGUAAGGAGACAUUGAUGAAGGGAAGCAGGGAGUUUGAGGAAAAGGGAGAUACAAAGUUCCCUACAGAGAUGGUGUCUGCACUAGCGCCCCCUAAAGCUCACACCUCCAAGAAGAAGGGUUUUUUUGGCUUCAAAAAAACAGCAAAAUCUGUUGACAUCCCAGCUGAUCCCGUCUUGGACUCCCCUGAUCUGGACAUCUCCGGACCAGCCCUACUCAUUCCUACUCCUCCCGAGUUCGAAGACUCAGAGUCCGAAAGCUCGCCGACAGAAACCCCCAACAUGUUCUCCCUAGCCGACUACAGAGUGGACUCAAACCCCGUCUCUCCUGGCUUCACCCCUCCCCCCGCCUUCAUUCCAGAUAUUCCGCAUAUGAACCGCCCUCGUACCCUGAGAGUCCAACCCCCGCCAACCUCUACCCCGCCCAUUUCCAUACUUAACAAUCUAGGCGAUCUCAAUACAGUGAAGAUCACUCCAACCAUUCACCAGGCCGCCUUCAGACCCCCACCUGAGGUCUCAUCUCUGCCACCUGUUAGCGUAGAGGCGCUGCUUAACCAGCCGACUAAAACCCGUGUGUCCGCCCCCUCACCAAUACAAGAUGAGAAUUCAACGACUCUAUUCUCUGCCUUGGAGAGGGCGGAGGACAUGAGGAAGCCCUCCCCGGCGGACCAGAGGGUUUGGAGCGCUCUGGAGAAGGCUACCAAAAAGGCGACCAGCAACGUCCAAAGAACCUCUUCCUUCAAUGUUCCAUCUCUUUCCAUGGAUCCCCACCGUCCUCAGAGCAUGCUCGCAGGUUUUCCACCCAUCGACUAUGACGCCAUAAAGCCCGGACAACUCAACGGAAUGGAUCACGGACGAGACUCUCCGACAUUGGACGCCAUGGCCCGAGGAGGGACUGGAGACGUUUCAGAGUUGUUGGUGGUCCCAACUCCUCCACACAGGAUUUUGGAUCCGGUCUUUCCAGUGGUUCCUCCAGUGGUUCCUCCAGUGGCUCUGCCAGUGGUUCCUCCAGUGGUUCCUCUAGUGGCUCCUCCAGUGGUUCCUCCAGUGGUUCCUCCAAUGGUUCCGCCAGUGGUUCCUCCAGAGACGCCAGCCAAACCAUUCAGCCUGAAAACCCCCGACUUCAUCCGGCCGCCUGCGCUACAAGAGAUCCCUGCGGCGUCUUUGGAGUUCUCUGAAACGGACCGCAGGUAUGUGGGACGCGUUGACGUUGGCGCCCGUGCCGAGUCCACCGGUCCGGAUAUUCCACUCGGCAUGAAGCUCGCGCCAUCGGACGGUAUUAAUGUCGCGAUGCCAGGAGUAGCCCUGCAAGGACAUCCUGAGUUGGCUGUUAGAAACCCGGACAAGCCACUUCCCUUGCGGACUGAGACCUCCUUUCCCAACCCGGCUGUGGACGGUCUUGCCAUGAGGCGGUUUACUACGGACAAUUAUUUCUCUGAGGACGGGGCCAAAAAGAAGACAAAGACCGGCGGCAACAAGAGAAGGAAGAAAUCUCUAAAAAAUCCCUAUGCCGAAACGCCUCAGGAAGGUGUAAGUCGUGAAGAGAAAAACAAGACGGGCAGGUUUGGAAAAAUUGACAAGAAGGUGGCGCUAGAAGGUCCUGACGAGAAGGAGCUGAAAAAGAGAGAGAAGCAGCGCCUGGAGCGAGAGAAGAAAGAACAGAAGGAGAGACAAGAGAAGGAGAAGAAGGAGCACAAGGAGAGGGAGAAGAAGGAGAACGAGAUGAAUAAAAAAUUCAAGAUCUCCGGUAAUGAGGAGGCCAUUUACAACGCCACGGUCACCGGGACGACAAAAAGGCAAAAGGACGACCUGCUGGUGGAGAACGGGGACAUGGUCAGCAUCAUCCGGACCACCCGAUGUCCCAAAGGCAGAUGGUUAGCCCGCGACCUCGCCAACAACUACGGGUAUGUGGCUGUGGAACACCUGGAGCUGGACAUCAAGGAGAUGUUGGCGAUAGGAAAGAAAGUUCCCGCCACUACUCCGCCAAAGACCAUCAACCUUGUGGAUUUGGAAGCCUCCAACACAGGGAGCAGGAUUCCAAACCCCGUCACACAUGCCUCAGAAAGCUUUUCAGACGACAGUGACUGGGGCGACGACGAGAAUGAAUCCGCCGUUGUCAACGCCGCCGCGUUCCCCCGAGCGGCUGUGAGCAACAGCCGAGCGUUCUCCGUGUCGGACGGAGGCCACUCGGACCCCUAUGCCAACCGACCGUACAAAAACAGUGACAUCAUUGGGGGUGUAACGCACGAACAAGCCAGAAAUGAAGCCCUUCAAAAGUUGACCACGUUUUUCCAAUCGCCUAAAACUGUACAGCCGACUGCCAGCGUCAGUGAACGACAAACAAGUCUUGUACAUCACGGCGAGAACGAGGUUCAUCAGUCCCAGGCGAGUUCAGUACAGGAUUUUUUACAUCCCGAGAUGCUGAUUUUGCCUCCUCCAGAGAUGUACGCUGACGCGAGUGAUUAACGACUGACAAGCAAGAUGGAUUUUUCUUCAUGCUGUGACAUUUUUAAAAGCUUUUUUGGACUAUAAAGAGUGGACUUUCAGUGUAGAAAGUCAGCAAGGAACUUCUUUGUGCUUUCAGUCUCAACGAAAGAACAAUAAACCAAUUUGAACCGUUGAUUUCUGGAUAAAAGAUGAGCUACUAAGCAAGGUGCACACAAUCAGGAUUGGAUCUCGUUAUUGUUAUGAGACAUCACUUACCAGUUUACAGUGUUUUCACCAGCGACAAAUACAUACAAUGAUGUUUAUUAUGUACCACUUCUUUCUAACCAUAUUAUUUAGCUGCUGUCUUCCUGUUUCACCCAGUUUAGUCUAAAAUGAAUUAGUAAACAUAUUUUGUUAGAUGAUGAACAUCUGAUCACAAAAGCCUUCUAUUGGUGACAAUAAAUACAGUAUAAUAAUCAGA